AAAAGAGAGACCGAGCACCAUCAGAGCUCUCACCUAACUUUGCCAACUCUACCUUUUCCCAUUUUCUUUUCAUCAUGUUAUAUUCUUGGCAAGGAACGAAAAUGUUUUCUGUUACACUGUUAGUGGUUUCAUGCGGCAUUUUGGCAGCUGCUUAUCCAUAUUCUCAACAAUAUGGAAACUACGAUCAACAAUAUUCUCAACAAUCUCAAUACUAUCCAUCAUCUGGACAGCAAGGAUACCGCGGUGGUUAUCAAAGUAAUCCAGGAAUGCAGGGAGGAUACCAGGGAAAUGGCCAAGACAGCUAUCAAGACUUCCAAGGUUAUCAGGGAUAUCAAAGAGGUCAAGGAGGUCAAAGAGGAUAUCAAGGAUACCAAAGUAAUCAAAGAAGUCAAGGAAGUUAUCCAGAAAGAUAUGAUUCAUCAAUGUAUUCUCCAGUCAUGGAUCUAACAAACUAUUAUGGAUCCCAAGGAACUCCACAAUAUUAUGGAUACCCAUCAUCUGCUUCCUAUCAAAUGACUCCAUACUAUCAAAAUCAAAACCAAGGAUAUAUGCAACAGCAACAAUACAACACACCAUCCCAAUCAUCUUGGUCACCAAUGUAUUAUGGCAAUGGAUAUCAAUCACAACAAUCCCAGCAGCAACAAUCUUCAAUGGGAAUUCGUCCAUAUCAGAGUUCAUGGGGUCAAACACAGGGCACAAAUACUUGGGGAAGUCCAUAUCAAUUCACGAAGGUUGAUGCCCAAGUCACUGAUGAUGAUAAUGUUGAUGGAUCUGGAAUGGACUCUUCAGAACAAACAUCGAGUCCUGCGAGCACCGACGACUCUCAAAUGACUUCUAACGAUGAUUAGAAAGUGUGGAUUUUAUUCUGAUUUUUUAUUCCGGUUCUUGUUUUGUACAAAUAAAAUAAAUAAUUGCAUUUUUAA